AUGUUCAUUGAUCAACCAUUUCUCCUCGAUCUACUUUAUUUUUCAGUUCUUGAGGAAAGAGGCACUCAUUUCCAUGAUAAGUUUGAUAUGGAUGAAGAAACUAAAGAUUCAUCAGUUUUCCAUGGGGGGGGGGUUGAUGAUAGUGGUUAUGAUGAAAGUGAGGACGUUUUUGAUUCACAAAAUAGUGAAACCUUUGGAGAUGUUGUGAAUGAAAAUGAGUUGUAUCCAUUUGGUUCUUUAGAUGUAGAGAUGAGGAUUCAAGAUAAUCAACAACAUGAUGCGGAUACAGAGAAGCACAUGGCAAACGGGAAACAAGCUGCGCCGCUAGCCCAGGAGGAUAAGACAACAAGCUGUAGUCAGGUAUCGCAACCUGGAGUUGGAGUCCCUCGUGCACGUCCUGCUACUUCUGCUUCUGCUUCUGCAUCAUCCACUUCAGAAUCUGGAAAUGCUUCUCCUGCCCCUGCAACUGAAACUGCUCCUGGACCUGGAUUAUCACCAACCUCAUCAAUGGGAUCUCUCACCUCCGACAAAUCAACAUUAAACCCUCACGCAAAGGCGAUUGUUGUUUUUGUGAUAACUAUACAUUCAUAUGCCUUUGAGAAAAGUGGGUUGGAGGAGGUAUCAAUGGUGGCACUUUCUGGCUGUGUCUGGCUACAAGCUUUUGUGGUCACAUUGGAGACCAAGUAA